AUGUCUUCUCUUAUCGGCCUGGACGGCACCCAGCUUCUCAAACCACUCGUUGCCUUGGCAGGAUGGACCUUUGUGCAAGAAACAUGGAUGUAUGCGACUCGAAUUCCUGCCAUCUACAAGUACAACGUCAGCUUUGACGAGGACAAAGUCAAGCAUGACAAGCAUACCAAGAUUCCGCUCAAGGUCCAACGCAAGGCCGAUAACUACAACAACCUGCACGAGCAGCCGCAAGUCUUCUACGCCAUCGCGAUUGUCUUGACCCUGCUGGGUGACACCAACGACUACACCUACCGGCUUGCGUGGUCCUACACGGGAAUGCGGAUUGCCCACAGCCUGUUCCACAAUUUGGUCAAUGAGCCAAAUGGACGCUUUGCUCUUUUCACCACCAGCUCAGUGAUCCUUCUGGGGCUUACUGCAAGGGCUGCCUCUUUGCUGUUCUGCAAGUGA